AUGCCAGCUGCUCAUCGAGUCCCCGAGGGUAGCCCUGUUGCUGCAUUUCUAUCUGAAUAUGCUUCUGACACUGAGGUAUAUGUUAGCCAUCUUGACACCACUGACGUGAGGCACUUCCUUUUCAUGCUGGGUGCCAAUAUUGCAUGGUCUUUUCUGCUUGGCAAACGCAUAUACGGCGCUCUGCACCGCUACGGCAUCCUGUUCAUCCUUGGGAAAAUACUACCAAUACUCAAGGCCCCACCUCCUGUGGUGAACUGGCCUUUAGCAGGUCAACUGUGCAUGGACAUGUUUUUAUUGUCCGUCUUGCUGCCCUUGAUCAACAACUUCAUCACCAUCAUCAAACUGCGAUACCAUCAUGGAUUUCCAAAAUCUGAAAUUGUCUUCCGAAAACCUAGUUCAGCAACCGUUGCAGAUAUUGUUUCUCAGCCUCCGGACAAAAGGGAUUCAUACAUGAAUGAAGUUCUGCGUCGUGCCGUUGAUCCCGAGGAAUUCAAACAACCAACUUGGGGUAUGCCCUGGGAAGAGUGGACCGUGGACUUCCGGGCGAUGGCAGUUGCGUACGAGGCGGAGAAGAAGGGUUUGAUUUCUAGAGAUGCAUGGGAGCUAAGCGUAUGGAUGAAGAUGAAGGAAGGCUGGACCGUAAUUGAGCACGGGAAAGUCAGUGACCCCUUAAGCCAAGUUGGUAUGAUGGAAAAGCUUCAACGUAAACUCACUGCCAUGGGCAAACGACACGUGUUUACUCAGAUGAUGGAAGUUAUUCAGGUCAAGACUGUCG